AGAAACGGUUGGACGAAAGACGAAGAGGAAUAUGUAUCAGUUGUGAAGGUAGAGUCCAUCAAUGGCGGCACGUUCUCUCUCAUUAACUUUCUCUCUCUACACUUCUCUCAUUCCUUCAUCUCAAAAGUCACAUUGCAGGCAGAAUGCCUCUUUCACCUUCAAUGUUGAAAAGCGUUCUCUCAUAUGCAAGAACAAACCCAGCUUCGUCGAUCAAAUUCUUGAUUAUAUUGAAGGAGGUCCAAAGUUAAGGAAAUGGUAUGGGGCCCCUGAUCUCCUUCCAAAAGAUGGAUCCAUUUUGGAAGAAGAUGAUGAAUCUCCAGGAGAAGAUGAAGUCAGGGAUGCAGUUUUAGUAACCGAUGGAGAUAGUGAGAUUGGUCAGAUGGUAAUAUUGUCAUUAAUCGUCAAAAAAAUUCGAAUUAAAGCACUGGUGAAGGAUAAGCGGGCUGCUAUGGAAGCCUUUGGAACUUAUGUUGAGUCAAUGGCUGGAGAUGCAAAUGAUAGUUCAUUCCUAAUGAGGGCUUUAAGAGGUGUUCGUGCAAUAAUAUGCUUAAAUGAAGGUUUCCUGUCUAAUAUUGCGAGCUUGAAAGGGGUACAACAUGUGAUCCUAUUAUCUCAGUUGUCUGUUUAUAGAGGUAGCAGUGGGAUUCAAGCUCUCAUGAAUAGCAAUGCAAGGAAACUGGCAGAGCAAGAUGAAUCCAUGGUAUUGGCCUCAGGAAUCCCUUAUACCAUCAUCAAAACUGGAGUGUUAACAAGUACUCCUGGUGGGAAUCAAGGAUUCAGCUUUGAGAAGGACCACUGUGGAUGGAAAAAAUGCACUCUAGGAAGUAGUGGAACAAAUUCUGGGUGUGCUCUUCCAUCACUUGCAGAAAACAGAUACAUAGAAAUGGAAAGAAAAAUCUCUUCUGCAUUUUACUAUUACAUGCUUGAAAAUUUCUGUAAAUUAAUGCUGUAAUAAUUUAAACAUAUUCUUCCUCUGUAAUAUGAUAUUGCUCAUUUUCUUUUGACAUAAAUAUUAAGAAGCACCAUAACAGGAGGCUAGUCUUUAUAAAUGAAAUAUUACGGGCCAGUUGCUCAAUAACCAUGGCAAUCAACUUUUAUACAGCUUUCUGAACAGGUCACAACCUGAGUCUUUUAUUGACAGGACAAUAGUGCAUCCUGGCCACUGUAAUGUGUACAGGCUGCUAUUCUGCAUUUAAUGACCGACAAAACUAUUAUAUAUAUAUACUAUCCAGGAACAUUAGGAUAUUACAUGGUAAUGGACCUUUUCCUUUUCUUUUUCUUCCCUGUAGCAGUUGAAUGUACAAGCUUAUUGCUUGGAGAAAUUGAGGCGAAACAAAAUGUAAUCAUCAAAGGAAUUGUGCCUUCCAAGUGAUUACCAUGUGUUUUCCUUUUAAACUCACUUUUAGGAACUUAUUUUCUGGUUAUGAUUCCUUGGCUAAUAAAUUUUUCUUUUUUUCUGGCUAACUUAAUCUGGUCGGUGGUUUUAAUGAGCAUGGGGGGAUACUUUGGAUUAAGAUAUUUCCCUAAUAUCUUUACAUGAGGCUGUUUGUAUCUUCAUAAACAUGACUAUCAUAUUGGUUUAAUAUU